AUGUCUUUGCUGUUGGUAUAUACCACCAUACUGACCUUUUUGGUUUGUGUCGGUGGGAAUGUAUGCAUCAUACUACAGUGCAACUGUAAUCAUAUAACUGACACCAUAGACUGUUCAAUCCUUGGUUUACAUUCAGUUCUGUACUCAUCCGAUAGCGACAACUCUACACAGUUAUUACUACCACACAACUACUUACAGCAUUUUAACAUCUGUCUACUCAUGGCGCAUUUAUCAAUGGUUAAAGUAAUUGGUUUAUGUGACAACGAUCCACUGCUAUGUGUAGAUUUAGCUCGCCAAAGAGCACCACAUGGAUUGACUAUUCUCUCUAACUGUCGAAAUACAAUCAGCUGCACACCCAGCAGGGAAUCGAACAGAAACUGGACAACAACACAACCAUCUGACUAUCGAGUGACAACCACUGAAAAAUCAUCCAUCAAAUCAACAGUAAUCAACGAUCCUACAAAUAAACACACUGCGUUAAUAGUCCAUAAAGGAAAAUCGUCAACCACACUUGUGUAUAUUUACUGCCUGAUUUCUACUAUUUUGAUUAUACCGACGGGGAUAAUUACAAUCCGAUGGAUCAUGCCGUGUUGGAAAUCCAGACGACAGACCAGGAACUCGCCACCCAUGUCGCUUCAGUUAUCCCCAUUGAAUGUUGACUCUGAUUCCGACAAUGAUGAAGAGAACUUGAUUUUUGUGCGAGCAAGUACCUCAGUAUGA